AUGAGCAACACGAUAGUAAGAAUAGCUGAUGAGGUUUCAUGGUGGUGUGCUCUUUUAUUAGUAUCUCUAAUCUUGUUAACCACUUUCAAACAGAUUACUUCAUCUACCAUGGCAAGUCCAACAGAUAUGGUGAUGAUGGGAAGGAGUUAUGAAGAUACUCAUAAUCAUAAUAAUCAGUUCUUGAUGGGUGGUUACCAUAAACCAUGUGAUGAAAUCUAUGUAGUUGGUGAAGGUGAAACACUACAUACAAUUAGUGACAAGUGUGGUGAUCCAUAUAUAGUUGAACAAAAUCCACAUAUUCAUGAUCCUGAUGAUGUUUUCCCUGGUCUUGUUAUUAAGAUUACUCCUUAUGCUGUUAUUCAUCAUCAAACCAUACUCUAG